GCGCAUUUAUGCAAUCACAAUGCAUUUGUCAGUUGUAUUUUGCUAUUUGUGGUUUUAUGUGGUUCUCGUGACAGUUAAGCUAUGUAGUUUAAAAAAACUUUUCGUAUUUUGAUUUUAUUUUCAAAAUGUCUAGUUUUGGUUGGUCGUGUCCGUGUUGUUUGCGUUAUAAGUUCACUCCCGAAGAAAUGGAGCAACGGUACAAAAGCCAACAGAUCGACAAAAGUCUGGAGAGGGACAAACAGAUCUUAAAUAGGCAAGUGAAAAUCCUCCUACUUGGGGCUGGAGAGAGUGGAAAAUCCACUUUUCUUAAGCAAAUGAGGAUUAUCCACGGUGUGAAGUUCGAAAACCAACAAAUUCGCGAGUACCAACAAGUCAUUUAUCAAAAUGUGCUUAAGGGUAUGCAAGUUCUUGUUGAUGCAAGAAAUAAACUUGGUAUACCAUGGGAGGAAAACAAUAAUUUUGAUGUAGGAAAUCAACUUUUGCAGCAUAAGUUUCAUAAUAGUAUGAUAUUGGAUUCAAGGCAGUUCAUGCAGUAUGCUCCCCUACUUUCCAGAUUAUGGAAAGAUGGUGGUAUUCGCAGAGCUUUCGAUAGGCGAAGAGAAUUUCAAUUGGGUGACUUGUAAUAAUUUAAAGUUUUCUGCAUACAAGGACCGAUCAAACAAAACCAGAUAAAUCCAAUGGUGAACUGAGAUUUAAGUAAAACAACAAUACAAAUUUCAGUACCAGAUAAAUCCA